AUGGUCGCUUUGCAGUCGGGGCUAGAGAACCGGGAAGCUCUGGCGGUUGGGGGAGUUGCCGUUCAGGCUGUUUGCACGGCAACUGGAGAGCUGCUGCACCGCUCAACAGGCAUUCGAAUAUGCGUAGUGGUGCGGAGCAUGGAGAGGGAGAUGUUUUGCUUCGUUGAAGAGCUGAAGACCGUUUUGCAGUCGGGGCUAGAGAACGGGGAGCCUCAGGCGGCUGGGCGAGUUGCUGUUGUGGCCUUAUGCGUGAUAGACUCGAAUGAAAUGAACUGCAAGGCCGGCCGAGAGGGCUGA